CGAGUUGUUUCAAAAUGGCGUUUAGUUGUGCACCGAACGCGCGAAUGAUACCCCGUUACGCACCUUUUAACAGUUUUCAACGUUAUUAAUGUUGUGUCUGUGUUUUUAGUGAUCAAAAUGGAACCCGCACAGCCUCAAGAACAUGUGAAAUCAGAACUAAUUCAAUUGUGUCAUCGUAUUUAUAGAAAACUCGACGCGAACGAUCGCCUGCAGUCGAUCGCUUCAUACAAAAAACACUAUGGAGACGGUUACAGUGACUGUGUUUUGUACACGUCUAACCUUACAGGUAUGCACCCGCAUGUAUUGGAACAAUUAAAAGAUGAUUCCCAAGAAAUGAAGAUAAGUAGUGAAGAAAUGGACCGUGCAAUCAUACUCAAGGAAUUGACGGAUUUCUAUUUGAACAAACAAAUAAUGCCUACUACCAGAGAUUUGUUCGAUGCGUUACAAGGGAAAUUGCCUUUCCACAUGGACAUUGCCAGCUUUCGCAAACAUCUCGCACUCAUGGACUUCAUGUGGAAGAAUGUACAAAACAGAUUCUUCGUCAUAGAACGACCAGAAGUAUCCUACGAACGAUACAAGUUUUUGAAACUCGUAUUAGAAUACCACGAAAAUAAUAGGCCGAUUUACUUCAUCGAGGAGUUAGUGUACGCAGUCAAAAAUUUUUUUACAAAAUCAACGGGGCAAAAAGCUUACAGACCUAAGGAUCCUGCCAAUGUAGUGUAUGCUUUAUCUAAAAAAGGUGCCCUGUACAAAUCAGUGCCAGAGUAUUGCGGGAAGGAAUUCAAUAACUUCUUAUGUGAUGUUUUGAUACCUAAUCUGAAGGAGCAUAGUCUAAUCGUUAUUAAGAACAAAAAUUAUUGUAGUGAAAAGGCCGUGUUGUUUAAUCCGACCUUCGCAAGUACGAUAAGAGACAUGAAAGAAUGGUUAGAUAGAAAUUACGUACCUUACGACGAUGGUAUGUCGAAAGGUGAACUGUAUUCGUUGAUACAGAAAUGCACAAAUAAGGAUCAGAAUACAUAUUUUGCCGAUAGCAUAAUUAAAGCGCACGGGCACAAUGCAGUCAGGAUACCCGCUAGCAUAGAGCAGUUAGCACCUACCACUUUCUUUUUCGAAUUAGUUCAAGAUACGUUUGUUGAUUUCAACGAUGAGAAGUUGUCGGCACAGGGGGUUAUGUUUCAGAUAUUUAAUACUAUAGAUGAACAGCGAUUGGCGCAUAUGUAUGAAGGUGUGAUGGAUGAGUAUAAAAGCCUUUUGCAGAAUGACAUUAAGGUCGAUGAUGUGCUAGAUUCACUUAUUGCAAAGAUGGCCACUCGGAAUGUUGAAGGAGCGGAGGAUUCUGAUAUUCCGUCAGAUGGCGAAGUUUAGAGUGACAACAUUGAAUUUGGCUAAGGACAUGCUAUUUUGAUUUCUUGUUAAUACUAAUAAACGGU